AUGAUACAAUUAAAGACGAUGCUUAAUUGCAUCGACAACUCUGGCGCUGCCAUUGUCGAGUGCGUUGCGGUUAUGAAAAUGAAACGACAUGCCAAAAUUGGCGAUCGUAUAAUAGUCGUGGUGCAAAAGCAGCGGAAUUUCGGACCAGAAACUGGUUCAGGCGCAACCAUUUCUACAUCCGCAGCCAACAAGGUCCGAAGAGGCGACCUCAGACACGCGGUUGUGGUCCGAACGAAGAAGAAGCUUCAACGCCCCGAUGGUAGUGUGGUUAAAUUCGACGAUAAUGCCUGCGUGUUGAUCAACAAAACCGGGGAGCCGAUUGGGACGAGAUUGAAUGGCAUUGUGGGAACAGAGUUGAGGAAAAUGAAGUGGUCGAAGAUUUUAUCAUUAGCUCCAAUGCACUUGUAA